UUAAGAUCCAGCAUGUGAAGACCCUGUGCCUGCAUUGCCAGGACUCAAAAAUUACAAGGACCCCUGACCGGUGCCCAGAUGGGCGCUGCUAUAUAAUGGAAACGGGCUUGAAUCUGUGUAAGAAGGAAUCCCACAGAAUGAAUUGACGACCUUGCGUGCGCUGUGUUACUCUGACUUGCCUCGACGGCUUACUGAUUGUGGAUUUACAUACCCGCGUUUGCAGCCAUGAGGGGGCCGCGUCCGCUCGGCGUGGUGAUCAAGCUGGGAACGAGCUCCAUCGUGGACGAGAAGACGCAUGAGCCGCUCCUGUCCAUCCUCACGUCGAUAGUGGAGACGGCUGUGAAGCUGAGGAAGGAUGGUCACAAGGUCAUCAUCGUCUCGUCCGGCGCCAUCGGCGUCGGGCUGCGGCGGAUGGACGUGGAGAAGCGGCCGAAGCAUCUGUCAAAGCUCCAGGCUCUUGCAGCCAUUGGCCAAUGCCGGCUGAUGAGUCUCUGGGACAGCCUGUUCGCCCAUCUCAGGCAGCCCAUCGCCCAGAUUCUGCUCACCAGAAGCGACAUCGCCGAUCGAUCACGGUACCUCCACGCGCAGAGGACCGUCAACGAGCUGCUGGACAUGGGCGUCAUCCCCAUUGUCAACGAGAACGACACGCUGGCCGUGGCGGAAAUCAAGUUUGGCGACAACGACACGCUCUCGGCCGUCACGGCUGCCAUGGUCCACGCAGACCUCCUGUUCCUCAUGACCGACGUCGACUGUCUGUACGACAAGAACCCGCGGACGCAUCCUGACGCCCACCCUAUCGAGGUGGUCGAGGAUAUCGGGUCGCUCGUCGCAGACGUCUCGUCCGCCGGCUCGUCCCUCGGGACAGGCGGCAUGUCCACCAAGAUCGUCGCCGCCCGCCUCGCCACGUCCGCCGGCGUCACCACCGUCAUCACGCGGUCCUCGAACCCGGGCAACAUCAUCAAGAUCGUCCAACACAUCCAGGCCAGCCGCUCCCCGCCCUCGCUCGCCACCAAGGCCAACCAACCCCCGGAAACCACCGAGACCCAGCAGCAACCGCAACCACAACAACACGAACCGCACCUCCCCACCGACCCUACCGCAGACUACGCCUCCUCCUCCUCCGCAGCAAGCACGCUCACCCCCUCCUCCUCCUCCUCCUCCUCCCGCACCCUGACGCCGACCCCGACCCCGACCCCGACCCCGACCCCGACCCCCACGCCAGCCCCGAAGACGAUCCCGCUGCACACGCGCUUCCUCCCGUCGCCGCACCCGGUGCGCGACCGCUACUUCUGGAUCCUGCACGGCCUGCGCCCGCACGGCACGCUGUACAUCGACCAGGGCGCGUUCCGCGCGCUGCUGGGCCGCGCCGGGCUGCUGCCCGCCGGCGUGGUCGACGUGGAGGGCGUGUUCGCGCAGCACGAGGCCGUGCGGCUGUGCGUGGUCGAGAGGAGGCGCGCUGGGGUGGAGGAGGAUGCUACUACUGCUGCUACUGCUGGUGGUGCUGCUGGUGGUGUUGGUGGUGGUGGUGGUGGUGGUGGUGGUGGUAACGGGGCCAAGCUGUGGGAGGGCAGCGCACAGGAGGUGGGGCGGGCGCUGACCAACUACUCUAGCGCGGAGAUCGCGCGGAUCAAGGGGCGGCAGAGCACGGAGAUCGAGGGGCUUCUGGGGUAUAUGGAUAGCGAGUAUGUCGCGCCGAGGGGGAGCAUCAGUAUCUUUGCCGGGGCCGGGGCCGGCGUGAAGGGGAGCAGGCCGGCGACGCCGGUUAGGGAGGUGGUGGACGGGCGCGGCAUUGGCGGGUAUGAAGUGGAAGGGGCAGUGUUGUGAGGAUGAAGGGCAGAUAUGAAUUGCAUCUCGUGUGUCUUUGGCGGAUAGAUAAAAAAAAGUAGAUCUUUUCUAGGUUGUUGGUAUCUUGAUUGGAAUUCUUAGAUGGCUAGAGAUGGUAAGUUGCUUUUAC